CGCGCGGCCGGGGCGCGCCGGGGCGCGCCGGGGCGCGGGGCGGAGGGGUCCGCCGCUCCGGCGCUCCCGCACUGACGCGCGGCCCGGCGCCCCCACGUCCCUCGCGUCCUCUGAGAUCCCGGAGGCCUCCCGCGGGUCCUCCCGCCUCCGCCGACCGCGCCCGUCGGGCCGGGACCCCUGUCCCCGCGCGCCCUUCCGGCCCGGGUGCUAAUUCCCACCGCGCCUCUCCACUUCGGGGCCCGGGCACUCCCGUCCCCACCGCGCCCCCAGCUCCGGACCUCGGUCUCCUCCGCGCCCUUUCACUUCGGGACCCCGGGACUCCCGUCUCCACCGCGCCUCUCGGACCAGGAAGCUAGUCCCCACCGCUCCCCUCUACCUCGGGACCCAGGGACCCCGGUCUCCACCGCGCCCCUCGGGCUCGGGACCCCGGGACUCCCGUCUCCUCCGCGCCCCUCCAGCCCGGGACCGCCGUCCCCCCUCCGCUCUUCCGACCAGGGAGCUAGUCUCCACUACGCCCCUCCAGCGUGGGAUCCAAGUCCCCUGACACGGGACCCCCACCCCCUCCAAGCCAGGACCUGGUGCUACUCCUGCCCAGAACCUUCGCUUCCUUUCUUUCCUUUCACCUGGCACUCGACUCAGGAAUUUCUUGGCCCUCCCAGGCCAGUUCCAAGUCGCCUCCCCGAGUCUGGAGGACUGACGGUUGGUUACAGCGGUUCUGGGUUCUGGCGCGGGAUACUUUUCCCUGCAAAGAACUUCCAGGGUUAUUCACCUCUUCCUUCUGGAACUGGGGUUUACACCUCCCUGCCUUAUGCCAGGCCUCAAGAUCAGUUAUUUUCGCCACAGCUGUUAGAACCACCAGAAUUCUUAUUUAUUAAGAAGUUUUUAAGUAGUCUUUUUAAAUAAAAGUGAUGACUGUCUUUUUAAAAGAACAGAUGCAUUUAUUUACAAAGAAAAUUUAUUUUCACCUCCACCUUUAGGAAAACUGUCAGCACUAUAAAGAAUAAACUAAGACUCUUUAGCUGUGUGCACACAAAGACUUGUCUUGUACUACUGAGAUAUCCUGCUUUGGACUCCCCACACACUUUGGAAGCAUUGAUUUGAUCCAGUUUUCUCAUUUUACCCAAGAGGAAACUGAGGACAGGGAGGUGAAACUGGUUAGUUUGAGUCACAGACAUACUGGUGAAGCCACGACCCAGGACUUCCCUCUGCUCACUGGUCUUCAGGGGAAUGUAACUGUAUUGGAACAGUAUUACUUCUUUUAAAACUUGAGCACCUUUAAAACCGUAAACGUGUAAUACUUGAGUGGCUUUCUGGUGGGAAUGUGAAGGUGUUUAUUGAGUGAACUGUUUUGCCUUGUUACAAUGAGCCGUCUUAAGUAGUGAUGUGCCAAAAGUCGAAAGAUUUUGUGGAAGAUGGAAGGUACUGCUGUUGAAGAACCAUUCGAGUAUGGCUGAAAAGAGACAGUGGCCAGUACUGGCCCAGCAUUUACCACACAAUGGCCUCCCCUUGUUCUGCUAUGGCUUACCAUCAUGAUAGCAGACGGAUAUUCGUGGGCCAGGAUAAUGGAGCUGUAAUGGAAUUUCAUGUUUCUGAAGAUUUUAAUAAAAUGAACUUUAUCAAGACCUACCCAGCUCAUCAGAACCGGGUGUCUGCCAUCAUCUUCAGCUUGGCCGCAGAGUGGGUGAUCAGCACUGGCCACGACAAGUGUGUCAGCUGGAUGUGCACCCGGAGUGGGAACAUGCUGGGGCGACACUUCUUCGCUUCCUGGGCUUCGUGUUUACAAUAUGACUUUGAUACUCAGUAUGCUUUUGUUGGUGAUUAUUCUGGACAGAUCACCCUGCUGAAGCUUGAACAGAGCACGUGUUCAGUUAUCACAACCCUCAAAGGACAUGAAGGGAGUGUUGCUUGCCUCUGGUGGGAUCCUAUUCAACGGUUACUCUUCUCAGGAGCUUCUGACAACAGCAUCAUCAUGUGGGACAUUGGGGGCAGGAAAGGCCGGACGCUCUUGCUUCAGGGCCAUCAUGACAGGGUGCAGUCGCUGUGUUACCUGCAACUAACAAGGCAGCUCGUCUCCUGUUCCUCGGAUGGUGGAAUUGCAGUGUGGAACAUGGAUGUUAGCAGAGAAGAGGCUCCUCAGUGGUUGGAAAGUGAUUCCUGUCAGAAAUGUGAGCAGCCCUUUUUCUGGAACAUAAAGCAGAUGUGGGACACCAAGACGCUGGGGCUGAGACAACAUCACUGCAGGAAGUGUGGGCAGGCCGUGUGUGGGAAGUGCAGCAGCAAACGCUCCAGCUACCCCAUCAUGGGUUUUGAGUUCCAGGUCCGCGUGUGUGAUUCGUGUUAUGACUCCAUCAAAGAUGAAGAUCGGACCUCCCUAGCAACCUUUCAUGAAGGCAAGCAUAACAUCUCCCACAUGUCCAUGGACAUUGCUAGGGGACUGAUGGUGACCUGUGGGACUGACCGUGUGGUAAAGAUAUGGGACAUGACGCCUGUGGUGGGCUGCAGCCUGGCAACUGGGUUUUCUCCACACUGAUCCGGGAGCUGGGUGAUAUCUACACCUUACGAACAGUGGCCUCCACCAAAUGAAGUCCUUCCCACAUAGCUCCACGGCAACUGUCACAAGAUGGGCAGUAGCCACCUAAAAACAAAUCAACAUUUUUUAAAAGAAAAAAAUGUAAAGGUGUGUUUUUGGGCACUUGUGGAACUUACCUGUGGGAACUAAUGUGGAAAAGGUCUGUCUGCAGUGGUUCCCUGAGGAAUGAAAUUACUUCAACAAAAAUUCCUCAGGAACAGUGACCUCAUGGGUAAGGAAGGCGUAAUCUAGCAGAUGAGUUUUAGAGGGAGAAGAAGAAAAAAACGAACAAACAGUUAAUACUUAAAUCUUCCUGAAAGCAGUCCCAAGUACGAACACGUGUCCACUCAGACUAGCAGGCCUUUGUUGGAGCAGGUUGUUAGGGGUCCCUUUCUCCAGGGGUGCAACAGAAAGUGAGGAAACCAGAGGCCUCUCCCCGUGUGCUGGCAACACGUGAAUACUCUGUCCUUGGUUGUUGAUAAUUUAUAGACGUCUGUUCUCUGCAGGUGGCACCGUACUCUGCACUUAGCACUAGCUCACCUCUCUUGUUCCUCUCAGCUAGUGUGCCGUGGGCGAACUUAGCAAUUGUCCUUGAGUUGAGAAAUUUCUACAGUAACCAAGACAGUCCACGUUUUCCCUUUCCCUCAAAUGUGCUCUGAGGACACAGCUUUUGUAUGGUGCUGUUAACAUGGGAGUCACACAAACCACCUGACACUUUCUCAUUUCAGCUAGUAGUGACUAAUGGAGACUCAGCUGCCCGUAUGGUGGUGAUGGGAAAGAGCAGUCUGCUUCAUGGAGCCCAGCCUUCCUCAGACCCAUUUUCCCUGUAGUCCCAAGACGAGCCCCUGAGAGAUUGUGGGAAUUUAAUAUGCUCCUCAGAAAAGCUCCCAAGGCUUCUAAGUGAUGCUGACUUUUAGCUGUAACUGGUUUAUCUGUAUGUCAUAAGAGGAAGUUGGUGGCCCACAGCUUAAUCGUCCAUCAGGUCUUGUACAGUGAUCCCUAACUCCUAGAUCACUUUCACAACUCUCAAAAGUUGUUGUUUAAAAUGCAUUUUUAAAGCUUUUGACCAAGAGUACGGAAUGAGGAAGAAACGGAAUGGUAACCUGUCUUUUAAUAGUCAGAUAGUUCUCUGUGUGUUUGCUUUAACAGCACCUGUAUCUGGUUUGGGGUUAAGAAGUGAGUGGAGAAGCGCUUACCUUUUGAAGGGACUAAUGUAAAAAUAGAUAGCAACAGUAUCUCUGUUAAUUUUACUAAUGGGUAUGGAUUAAAAAAAACUUCUACAUCACUGUAUUGGGAUCAUAUCAAGACAAUGUCACCAUGCUGUAUGAUAAGCUAGAGGACUAAUCUGCUUUAUAAGCAUGUUUUAUGGGGGCAAAAAAAUUAAGACAGGCAAUUAAGGAAAGUUGUCUUAAUGACACAAAAAAAUAACUUUGGAAAGGGAAGCAGCAGGCUCACUGUGUUCUGGAAUGGUCUGCAUUAGAAGUUGAAUUGUUCUUAGAAAUAAGAAUGAAGGGUCUUGUUGCUCCUUAUAAUUUUUGUGUUACAUCACCUGAAAAAAUGUGUUUCCUUAAAAAACACUUCCUAGACUCUGAAAAAUGUGUAUUACUAACAAUGUGGAAGACAAAUUGAAUAAUGCUGACUUUUAAACCAUAGGAUUGAAUAUUCAGCUUCAUGUUUUAACUUCACUCAGUCAGUGGUUCAGCCCAAACAAAAGUGCUUUUCUCUGGGAAUUUAGUCCUGAAAGGAGAGUAGAAGGUGUUGGAGCCCUUGCCCUCUGGAGCAGUACUGCCCUGUGGCUGUGUUUUCCUUCAACUUCUGUAAAAUAUGUCCUUCUAAUGCCUGUGGCAGAUGGAACAGAAUAUCACGGCUACUGAGAAUACGCCGCAUCUUUCCAACUUUUUAUUUUAAAAAAUUUUUGAUGAACAACCCUGUGUUCCAUAGAGAACACAGAAUUGUUUUAGGCCUUCUAAGGCAUUAAUAUUAAUCAAGGAAGAAAAUUAUAUUUAAGGAGGAAUUGGUGUGAGGUACCUUAGAAAGGAGAGGACAGUGUUUAGAUAUGGUUUACUCUUUGCCUGGGCCUGUAAUCUCUUUUCAUUUUAAAAAUGUGCUUGCCAGGCUGAUCUUGUCUCUGUCACUUGUAAGGUUGCAAAUGCAGUAAUAUUUUUGAUAGAGGUGGGAGAAAAUUAUUUUCUCAGUUACUGACUAGGCACACAGGGAAGGUACAGAUAGGCUGAUAGUAAUUGCCUUAUUUUGACUGUGUUUCUCUUAAACGGGUCACUUAAGAUAGUUCUUCAUAUUGCAGUUUACUGUUCUUUCCAUUCCUGAAUCUUCAAGCUAAUUUGUACAAAUAGGGACUACGAAGUACAGAAUAUUAGAGAGGAUCCUUAUAUUUAGAUCUAGAAUGUAUGUGAUAAGGAAAUGCCAAUUCUUCAUUAUCAACAUAUUUUGAAAUCAUCCGUUUUUAAAUCAGUCCAAGUGAUAGCAAUACCCCUGUAGUGUUAGGUAGAAACAUGUUGUUAUUCACUACUUUGUAAAUCUCUGUUUACCAUGUCCUACUUCUGUCUUGCUACCUAGAGAAUAUAAACAAAAAAUAUUACUCUAGAACACACCACUUUAUUCUCCCUUUCAAGGAUUCAGUUUGCUAGUAUCUGUAUUUUUUAAAACUGUUGAAACUGACCCAAAUAUAUAAUAAAAACCAUAGCAGCUCAGACCCCAGGAGAUAUUUUCUAAAAUCAAUUUUCAUUAAAGUUCUUUCUUCUUCUGUUACUGAAUGUGGUAUCUCCUGAAAAAUAAGAAACCAAUUAUUAAUGACAAACCAUCUGCUCAUUAGAUAUGUGAGGUUUAACAAAUAAGUAAUACAUGCUAUAUUUAUUCUAUUGCUUAAUUGUUAAUUGUGAGCAGAUUAUCAAAUGCCUCCUCUAUUUUAUGUAGUUUACAGUAACUCUUUGAGUAAGUUGAAGUUUAAUUGUGCAGCAAAUUUAUAUUAGAGUACAAUUUAAAGUGUUUUUCUCUAUAGUCUUUUUUGACUGGGGAAGCAGAGGGUGAUAUUCAUUAGUACACUUUGUUCUUGUACUAGCCGUUUCUAGAAGAUAUGGUGCCCUGCAUAUCCCAGAGAGGCUAGAAAACUUGGUUCUCUGUUCCUAUUGUGGGAUCUGUUUUUGUGUUUUUUUGAGGAUAUGCAUACAAUAAAAUAUUCCUUGCUUGUUA